UGAAUGAAACACAAUUAACAACUUCCUAAUGCCCAUUUACGUAAACAUUGGACACGAUUCGUGAAGACUUAUUACAAUUAACCAGCUGCAAAAAGAAGAAGAUAAUAAAGAAGAUAAGCAAAUGCAUUAAGUAAUUCUUUAGAUAUAUCUAUUUUAGGGGCUUCACCAAGACCUAUUGAAUUACUUAGACCAGUAGUAAGAGGACAAACAAUCAAAUAUAAUGGAGUAUAAAAGUUAGGAAGAGGAUUCUCAUUAAUUGAGCUUAAAGAGGCUGGACUCAAUGCUUAAUUUGCUAGAACAGUUGGAAUUUCUGUUGAUCAUAGACGUAGAAACAAUAGCUAAGAGGAAUUGGCAGUUAAUGUUAAAAGAAUUAAAGCAUACUUAUCUAAAUUAGUACUCUUCCCAAGAGUAGCAGGCAAACCAAAGAAUGGUGUUGUUAAAGAUUCAGGAAAUGAUGUUGUUGCUUAACCUGUUACUUAGAAUACUAAUCCUGAAGUAUAUAUUAUGUUGAUAAUCUUAAGGUUAUCACCUUUUAAAGAACUCCCAGAAGAGAGAAGGCAACAGUAAUUUCUAAAGAGCUUAGAGCUAAAAAUGUAUAUCGUAGAAUAAGAUAAGAAUGGUAUAAUGCAAAAUUCGUAGGAGUAAAAGAAAAAAGAAAGAAUGCUAAAGAAUAAAAGAAAUGAUAAGUGU